AUGAUGUCCAUGUCAGACCAGCUCUCUCCCACAACACUGGGCACCGGCCUGCCACCGCAAGGCUUCGCGACCAGCCCGCCUGGCCAGCAACAGCGCGGAUUCAAGCGCUCUGCAUCCAGCGAGGACGAUGACUUCCAGAACGGCGACGCAGAUGGGUCACGCCCAGCUUCUGCGCGGCGCAACAUAGCAGUGAAGCGCGCAUGCAAUGAGUGUCGCCAGCAGAAACUCAAAUGCAACGUGCAGCGCGACCCGUUCGUGAGCUGCAACCGCUGCGUCAAGCAGAACCUUCGAUGCGUCAUCGAGCCCAACUUCAAGCGCGUGGGCAAACGCAACCGCAAUGCCGAGAUGGAGAAGGAAAUGGAGUCGCUGAGGGAAAGGCUGGCCAUGUACGAGGGCCGCACACCUAUGCCUGGUCAACCACUGGUCAACCAACCACAACCGCCCAUGGACCACCAGAACAACUUCGCCGCAACACCACUGCUUAAGGUCGAGGAUGAUGCAUUCCUACAGACACAGCACCAGCAGGUAGCAGCGACGUCACUGCUAGACCUGCGCAGCGGCCAGUCGCCCAUGUUCUACACACUGGGUGCAGGCGAAGUGCGAUUGGGACACGGCGAGGUCAACGAGCUGUUCACCGAGUACUUUCAGCUGUACCACCCAUUCUUACCAUUCCUCGACCAGGUGCGCUCGCCUGAGGAGUACUACAACCAUGACCACAAGCUGUUGUUCUGGGCCAUCGUCAGCGUUGCGGCACGGCGCUCAAGCAGUCGACCAACGCUGUUGAAGGACCUCGCAAAGCCCUUGACAGAUCUGAUUUGGGACUCGGUCCGGAACCAGCCGAACCAUCACGUUGUCAAGGCAUUGUGUCUGCUGUGCACAUGGCCAAUUCCGGCAGAACGCACCGUCACUGACCCCACGUACAUGCUGUGCGGUGUCAUGAUGCAAAUAGCAAUGCAGAUUGGCUUGCACCAGCCCACACACCCUCAAGACUUUUCGCGCACAAAGGUCAGGCUGCAGCAGGAAGACAUCCAUGACCGCUUGCGCACAUGGGCGGUUUGCAACACCGUAGCACAGACUGUCUCGACAGGGAACGGCCAGCCCUCGAUCACCCUCUACGAUUCGACAUUGGAGUUCAAGGUCGACGACGAGGACCACAUGCGCACGAUACCACCGACUCUGUUUGUUCGUUUGCGCCAGGAGAUGGCUGCCAGCCGCAUCAACAAGCUCUUGUACUCGGCCAACACGCACCGAUUCGCGGCCGAAGCUGCGACAACAUACAUGACAUUGGAAGCAGAUCGACUGAAGGAAGAGCGAGGGUCGUUAGAUGGAGUUGACAAUGAACUUGAAGAGCUUUACCAUUGUGCGGUGUGCUUACAUCUGCACCUCUACUCCUUCUUCAGCCCCGAGACUCGAUUGGAACGCCGCGAUGAUUUGGUCGCCCUCUACUACGCAGCCACAACUUACCUGGACCAGGUCUUCAAGCUUCAACAAGCCAGCAAGCUACCUUAUGUCCCAUACUACAUCAUGCAGAUGGCUCUCGCCGCCGGUUUCGCUCUCCUCAAACUUCUCAAUUCGGAUUUCGCUGGGAGGCUGCCGUCGAAGGGGCGCCAGUACGUGCUGCAGACAGUGGAGGCACUCAGGCGAUCCAAGGUCUGGCCAAACGAUCUUCUGGAUCGCUUCGCGGAGGUACUAGCGCAGCUGUGGAAGGAGAGCUCACGAGGACGCAGUCUGCACAGCAUGUCUCAGUCGCCAUCCGUCAGUAACUCUGGGAUUGCGAACAUGUUCAACAACUACCCCCAAUCCCAGCAAACCACACAGCAGCGGCGAGAAAGCACAGGCAUGCUCGAAGAUCCUCUAGGCCUCAUAGUUCGCAGCCGCAUGAGCAUGAGCGUAAUGUUUGACUGCGUGUGGCGCUGGCGUGAAGCACAGGUCAGUGGUGCAGCAGAACAACUCGACAACACCGUCGUUACGAACCCUACGAACCCAGAUUCCUCCAGCAGCUCAACACCUCCGCCAGGUACCAUCGUCGAAAACCCCGCGCAUACCAUGCCAAACUUCAAUCCACACCUGAACACCCUGAGCAUGCCACUAGCUCUACCCCAAGGCCUGGCGAGCGCCAACAGCUACGAAUUUUUCGACUCGGUGUCAUGGAUGCUGGAAGCGCAGACAGACUGGAACCAGUACGGGUCUGGAGGAUUCGGUACAGAUUUCAACGCUUAG